AGGCUCGCUGACUAGGGGCUCAGAUUCAAACGUGGGCCUUUGCCAUAGCUUUAUGAUGAAGAUUUGUUCUGACGUGCUUGGGUGUGGCAGAUAGUUGAGCAGCCCUGUUGGAGGAUGUAGGCGUUGCUUCGCCAUAUUAGUUGUGGCGGAAAUGAACCAGGCAGGCUGGGUAGUGCCUUCCCUAAAAGGAUUUAAGCGGCUUAUUCCGGGCAGAGGGCUCGCCAUUAUUAAUGUUUGUGACAGGUUCUGCUUCCAUCCGGGUCUUGUGCUUCGCCAUGAGGAGCUUGAAAUAGCGUGGCUGCCCUGCGUGUGCUUGUUGCUAGGAUGCGAGGUGGCGGUGGACGUGGCUGCAGGUAAAAAGAGUCAGGAAAUAAACUCACAUGGCCUAAUGCGAUGUAAAUGAGUUACUCAGCUGGAUUUAUGCCAUAACCAUUUGUCAGUUUCCAACACAAGAACAAGACGAUGGGAAACAGUGCCUUAAAAGCGCAUCUGGAGACAGCCCAGAAAACAGGGGUAUUUCAACUAACUGGAAAAGGCCUUUCUGAGUUUCCCGAAGAUCUACAAAAGCUUGCAAGUAAUCUCAGAACUAUAGAUUUGUCAAACAAUAAGAUUGAGAUACUACCACCGCUAAUGGGAAAAUUUUCUGUGCUGAAAAGCUUGGCUCUAAAUCACAACAAACUAACUGCACUCCCUGAAGAGCUGUGCAGACUGAAAAAACUAGAGAUUUUGCAUCUGAACAGUAACCAGCUAACACAGUUACCUGCUGCCUUUGGACAACUGGCAGCACUAAAGACCCUGAGCCUUUCUGGAAAUAAGCUACGCACUUUACCUGCCCAACUCUGCGGUCUCCGUCAUCUGGAUGUGGUAGAUCUCUCCAGAAAUCAGAUCCAGUCUGUGCCAGACACAGUGGGAGAGCUGCAGACCAUUGAACUGAACUUGAAUCAGAACCAGAUUUCCCAGAUCUCAUCGCAGAUUUCUCACUGUCCCCGCCUCAAGGUCCUGCGGCUGGAAGAAAAUUGUCUAGAGCUAAGCAUGCUUCCUCAGAGUAUUCUCAGUGACUCUCAGAUUUCUCUUCUUGCUGUAGAGGGUAACCUCUUUGAGAUCAAGAAACUCAGAGAAUUGGAUGGUAUAUGGAGAGAUUCACAGCCACAAAGAAAAAGUUUGCCUGAUGGACUACUUUCUUAUGAAGGAAAAUGCAACAAGAGAUGUGGCACACAGAUACUAGGUGCUGCUGUCUGGAAGGAAAAAAACCAAGCUCUGGACUAAUGUGAAGAGAAAAGUGGCCAUAUGACUUUGUAGUGGCUUCAUAUGUUAAGGUCACAAAACAAAUCCAGGGAGCAGUGAAACUUAACUGGGCUAGAUAAAACACUAUAGCUAGAAGAAUUGGAGCUCUUCUGCUUACACGAUUCUCCAUCUUCAGGGGUCAUUAUGAUUAAGGAGAAAAAUCUUGUGUAAUACCUGAGCUGCACAGCAUUUACUACAGUAGUUGUCAGGCUUCAUGUUAAACUAGUAUUGACUAUAGGGCGGACAAAGUUGUUUGAGUCUUGGGACCAUUUGCCAGGGUGUAGACUGAAGCUUUGUUACUGGAUUAACUCUACAAUGCAAAAGUCACCUACCUUUUGCUGUACAAAUUUUAGAGUACAGAGAGCUGUCUCAGUUUUAAAAAUUAUGUACAUUUAUGAAGCACAAAUAAUUAGAGCUAAUAUUAGCGUAACGUGUCUAAUCAAAAUAUUCUAGCUUCAUGUCAUGAUUGCAUCCAAUGAAUGGCUUGUCUUCCACUUUAUGGUGAAAUGCACUGUACUUCACCAAAGCAUGUUGAUACAUUGAUAUACAUGAUGACGAGAUCUUAAAAUCCAUACUGACUACAUUUGGGGUGGGGGGAGCUCACACAUUUGCACUGAGUAUUUGUGGCAGAAGAGCAAGCUCAACUAAUUUAGUUGAUCACCUUAUCGCUGCCUUAUGCAAAGCAUCUGGGAGGACCUAAAAUAUGCAACUUCUCUGAACAUGUACAUUUCUACUGAAACUUGCAUCCACGACUGUCUUAAGCUUUUUGGCACCUUUUGUUGUUAAUUGAACUGUGUAAACUAUUACUGAGUAGUAAAAAUAAAUAUGUACAACUAAAGUUGCUGUUAAUGUUUUUGUAGAGGGAAGCUCUGCCCAUACUGAGCUAUUGCUUUUGAAAAGGGUCCCACUGCUAUCCUGUGAUUAAAUGUAGCUGUAAUCCCAUCCCCUCAAAUAUACAUGCCCUUAGACUUCAGUUGAGCAACUCACUACUGGAAACAGUGGUUUGCUGCAUCACAUCUAAUGUUGCUUCAUGUGUGCUCAGGUCUGUUCGUGUAUGAAGCUGCUUGUAAAGGUGGGGAAGGAAACCCCUAUAAUCGGGCUGACUGCAUUUUUAAACUCUUGGAUUUUAUUGUGAAAGAAAAACCUGUAGACCUCUUCCAAAGAAAAGCUCCUUAGCCAUAUUUAUCCUUGUAAUAUACAAAUUAUUGAGCUUAGAAUAAAUGAUUUUUGCUAAAUUAA